CCAACUCCAACACCCCCAACGAUGGUUACUCCGAACCAAGCGAAGGAGGGCGAGGUGGGUGAAGCAACCAUCGAGCAUCCCGAGAUAGCAGAGGUUCGUGACCUUGAGAUUGAAGCCGCGGGAAGUGAAGCUUUUAGCGAUGAUGAAUUCUAUGCUGAAAGCGUAACCUCGGACUUUGCCAGCGCUUCAUCAAGCGUUUAUGCGCACACAUAUGAAAAAGGUCGCCGCUAUCAAUCAUUCAAAAACAGCCGCUACCCUAUUCCCAAUGAUGAUCUGGAACAGACUAGAGAAGACAUGAAGCAUGCGAUGCUGAUGGAGUUGACCGACGGCAAGCUCUUCUACUCGCCCAUCGGCACGCAUCCACAAAAGAUUGUUGAUAUCGGCACUGGAACUGGAAUAUGGGCAAUAGAAGUGGGCGAUCAGUAUCCCAGUGCAGUUGUCAUGGGCAUAGAUCUGACUCCAAUCCAACCGUCCUGGGUACCUGCUAAUGUCGAAUUCGUAAUCGACGACUGCGAAAGAGACUGGCUGCUCAGUGAUGUCGACCUGGCACACUUCCGCUUCAUGGCGCUGAUCCUGAAAAACAUGCCUACUGUACUAGGGCAUGCUUACCAGAGCCUUCGCCCUGGCGGAUGGGUCGAAUUUCAAGAGUUACAUGGCCAUCCUUGCUGUGACGACGGCACAAUGGCCGACGACGAUCCGUUCAAAGUGUUGUACGACUUGGCUGCCCAAGCUUACGCAAAGUUUGGACUGAAUACGUCGUUGACGGCCGAUCUUGGACGCUUGCUCAUUGAUGCUGGGUUUACAAAUGUGCACUGUCGAAUAAUGAAAGUACCCAUCGGCGUAUGGGCAAAGGACAAGACGAUGAAACUGAUUGGUCUUUACCAAAAGACAGCUGUCCUUGAUUUUAUACCGACUCUUGCUGGGCGCCCCUUUGAGGCGCUGGGGAUGUCCUCCGCAGAAGCCGAAAUAAGACUUUCGCUGGCCCGAAACGCCCUGAACAAAGUAUCCGUCCAUCGCUACUUUAACUACUACUUUUGGUACGCUCAGAAGCCAACCUCCGCUGCUGAUCGGCCUUCUUAACGGGGCUUUGAUUCCUUUCGGGCAAUUUUCUCUCCCAAGGUCUGCAGCCACACCUGCGGUAGGAAAUUUGGAAAUUGAUAGCCAAAUAUCAGCUGCAAUUCAUCUAACCAACAUGUACGGCGUUGAAUCAUAAAUAUAAACUUAAUGGUUGGAGGGUGCAGCUGCGAAAGAGAAUGAUGAUGAUAAUGGGUUUACGGUAGAGAAUGUACGGGCUACUACGGGCACUUACUGGAGCGAUAUAUUUCAUUUGCUUUUUGGUGAAUUUUUAAAUGGCAGUGUUCUUACGGUCCAAUGUAAAUCUAACGAGAUCAGAAUAAGGGUUCCAGCAUUGAAACGGGUCUUUCAGAAAUGGUCCAAUACAGCUGAUGUCACGAGAAAAUGAAUGAGACUUACGGUUCAUUGCAGAGCAACCAAAUCCAAGGGUUGAAGCCAUUAGGCUACGCUUGUCGAUGUUGUCCAGGUCAAGGACUAGAGGUUGACAGUGGUUGGAAGCGACCGUUCCAGCGCUCGAGCGCCCGCUGGCAUAGACUGGAUUGGGAGGUGUACCUCGUUGGUGACCCUGGCGCUCAAGACCGCACAACGCCACAAAUGGUCCGUGCGGAGAACAGCACUAUAUACACGUCCAGUGAUCAAUUGUUUCGGCCGCUACAAUACUUUGUUCGCCAAGAAAGCCGGAGACUGCGUGCCACGGUGCGAAGCUCGAUAGAUCUGAUAAGGCCAGGAGAGCGAUCCCCCACGCGAUAAACAGCGCCCCCAGUAUUGACGAGCCAGAAGAAAGUGAACGCGCUCUUUAAAGGGCUCGCUUAAUAGCAUAUAAGUUAUAUAGAUCCUGACAAGUAUUUUGGGUAGCCGAGCCUAGGUGUCAAGAGUUUACGCCCAAUAACGGUGCUGAAUUAAGACCGUUGAGUUACGGGUGCUUUUAUCGGAACAGUUUGUCUAUAUAAGUUAUCUAGCAGGCAAUAGAUUUAUCAUGUUGGGACUGUUACCCGCCAACAUUCUCCAACGUGGUCAUGCG